UGUGUGUGUGUGUGUCUCUCUCUCUCUCUCUCUCUCUCUGUGUGUGUGUGUGAGCCUGUCCCGCUUGAUUUGCUGAUUAGAGCCAUAACAAUAUAUGAAAUAAGAAUUAAAUGGUUAAUUGGAUGAACACAAACCACACGUGAUUGAAUUUUUGGCGGAUUAUAUCAGACUGCAGGACAGGGACACACACACACACACAUACACACACACACACCCUAGCCGGGUUUCACGGGUCUUUGUUUCUGAUCUGUUAAAUCCCACCCACUUGACAUGGACACGCAGAGUAAAAAAAAAACUCUCCCUCUCUCUCUCUGACUCUCAGCUGCUCCGUCAGCCUCCACUCACUGCUGUCUGUCCUGGUGGAAGAUGGAGUCGGAGACGUGUUUGCCUUUCUCCGCGCAGGGCAGCAGGAGGACGCCGGAAAACUCCCCCAGACUGGAGCACGGCGGCGGCUCUGGCUCCUUUCUGUCCUGCGAGGAGCUGCAGAAACCCUCGCACCUUCCUCCUCCUCCUCCCCCAGCUCCUCUUCCGCACCGCCUCAGCCUGCGCGGGGAUCUGUUUUCCUCCGGCAUGGCCAGGUUUGGAGACGCCGGUGCGGCUGGGGGGGGUGCGGAUUUUACGCACGGCUCUGGCGCCCUGCACUCGCCCACAUCUCCGUCUAAACACAACAAGUUCUUGGACAGUAUAAACCAGGAUCAGAAGGGAACCGUCAUCAGCGGGAAAUCGACGUUUUAUGAGAAUAACUCUGAAGUGAGAGAAAAGGGAGCUCCAAAAACCAUGGGCUACCCUGGAAUCAGCACAGACUGUUGCUCGAAGCUGAAGGACCCAGGGCUUGGUUUGCAGGGCGACUCUAUCGCCGACUCCAUCGACUUGUCAGGCAAAAACAAGAAGAGACGUAACCGGACCACAUUCAGCACAUUUCAGCUGGAGGAGCUGGAGAAAGUGUUCCAGAAGACACAUUACCCUGAUGUGUACGCCCGGGAACAACUGGCCCUCAGGACUGAACUCACUGAGGCUCGGGUUCAGGUAUGGUUCCAGAAUCGCAGGGCCAAGUGGAGAAAACGAGAACGUUAUGGAAAAAUUCAGGAGGUCCGCAACCAUUUUGCUGCUGCCUACGAUAUUUCUCUUCUGCCUCGCCAUGAUUCAUACCAGAUGCAGGGCAACCUGUGGCCAGGACCCACCUCAGGAGGAGGCGGUGCCUCAAGCGCUGGCUGCGUCCUUGGAGCUGACUCCAUCCCUUCAUCCUGCAUGAGUCCGUACCCUCAUCCCCACAGCAACCUGCAGGGUUUCAUGGGUAUGUCCACGUCCCCCAGCCACCCUCAUCACCACCACCACCACCACCCGUCUCACCAUCCGGGCAUCAAUGGCCUCUACUCGCUCCACAGCUUCCCUGGAAGCUUGGGCUCUCCUUCCAUCGAGGGGCCUGAGACCGAAUACAAGCCGACAGGCCUGGUGGCCCUGCGGAUGAAAGCCAAAGAGCCAGGCAGCAUCCUCUCCUGGCCGACAUGACCGCCACGGUGGCAGCUCCCUGAUAUGCACUGACUGAGCCAACGCAUGCUAGAUUUGUGAUGAUGCACAGUUACUGUCCGCACAAAUCUUUGACUAAAAUCACUUUGAGUUUCAUUUGCUGUAUGUAAACCAACCUGGAGAUGAUUCAGAAGCUCUUGGAAGAGGAAUUUCAUGAACAUUGAAGGCAUCUGGCGCCUCCUGCAUGAAACCCAGCAUAUUAAUACAAACCUUCUAGUGUCCUGGUUUAUUAGAUAACAAAACGCUAAGACCAAAGAAGAAGAAACAUUAUUUAAGCAUGUAAAAAUAUUACCAUAGUAAUCCUUGUUUUUUUUUUUUUUUUUGUCUAUUAAGCUUUAUAGUGUGACCUGUAAUAAAGUCCUCCAUCUAAAUCAUCGUUUUAUUCAGCUGGAAGGAAUUUUGGGGGAAAAAGAGAUUAAGAAAAUGCAACGACAUCUAUUCUGGUAUGAAUUAUUCCAGCAAGGACAGGGCUCUUUUUUGAAGAUAAUAACGCAGAGAGCCAACCAAAGUUUGAAUCACAACAGGGAGUGUGGUUCAUGAGGCAAAAAUGCACACUCCCCAGGCUGUAGAUGACAAAAACAAAGAUUUCUGAUGUUUUUCUUUGGGUUUCAGGACAAUCUACAAAUAGAACAAAGUUGGAUUUGCUUGGGGGAGGAACUCAGGUCGCACCUCAUGCAUCAGGAACAAGUGGCAGGUUCAUUAAUGAAAAGCUAACUGAAGAACCACACUUCACCGUGCAUGAUUAAGUAGAGAGUCUCCCACAGACGGCUGGCUUCAUGAUUCAGGCGUUUCUCCUUCACAUCUGGCAUCAGUGGUAAACCCGACCAACUGAAUAAUGAGCAAUACUUUAAUAGAAGAAAUUGGGGUCACCGUGGCUUAGGGCAUUUUAGUAGUGAUAUUAACUCAAGCCAGGUCAUCUGCCUUUUUACUUUCAUGUUUUUGAUGCAUUGCUUCUAAAGGAGAAUAUGACAGAAAUGUGUUUUAUGUCAUACAUAUGUAUCCUGAAUGCAUAGUUAUUGUUCUCAGGAAAUCUCCUUGUUGUGCUUCACCCCCCAAACAAUUUACUUUAUUGUCAAGGAAACUCUGAAUUGCAUGGUACCAUCCCAGCUGGAUGGAAUUACUAAAUACCAGCAUAUUCAUGGCAGAUGUGCACACAUUUCAAUGGAUUUGAUAUUGAGAAUGCAGCAUGAACUGAAAAAAAAAUAGUGUUCCAGUGGUGGACAAAGCCCUCCUGAGUUCCACUUACUCCCCAGGAGUGUACAUGGCUUUCGGGGAAAAUGCAUUGGCUCUCCUUUCUCUUUCCUUGCUUCACAGUGACAGCCAAGCUGGGGCGGAUUAGCUGCCAUUCCCUUAGUCUGUGUCGGGAUUUUGUGUGAGCCGCUGACAUGUGGUUCCAAUAGAGGACUGCACAAACCCAUCAGAAACACUUUCCACACCACAGCCUCAA